AUGACAUUUUGGAUCUUAUUAUGGACAACAUGGAUUGCAUGGGUUGGUUCUGUUAUACUGAUCUCAGCCAUGGAUUGGGACGUCGAGAUUGUUGCUAGUCCAGAAGAAAUAAGUCUUUCUCAUCAUGGUCCGUUGUGGACCUACUUUGGUAAUGAAUCGGAGAAUGUCUCAAUCUUUCAUUCCCGUGAAUAUAUGCAGGAUCGCGUGGGCAAGUUCAAGGAUGUCAAUUCAGAAAGAAUUUUCAACCAUAAUUAUUCAUCUAUGACGGAUUGGCUGAAAGAAUAUGCUACGAAAUAUCCAAACAUAACAUGGUUAUAUUCAAUUGGUGAAAGUGUGAGGAACAAAACAUUAUGGGUAUUGGCUAUUUCAAGAACCCCCCGGAUUCAUAGGCUUGGUGUUCCAGAGAUCAAAUAUGUUGCGAAUAUGCAUGGAAACGAAGUUGUAGGCCGCGAAGUAAUGCUUUAUCUUAUUGCAUUAUUAUGUGAUAAUUAUGGAAAGAACUGGUACUUGACAAAUUUGAUAAAUAACAUGCGAAUUCAUAUAGUACCUUCAAUAAAUCCAGAUGGUUAUGAACUGGCUGAAGAAGGUGAUCGUUCUGGAUUUACUGGUCGUUCAAAUUAUCAUGGUAUCGACCUUAAUCGGAAUUUCCCAGCACGUUUUCCCUCUCAUCGAGAUAUAUCGGGAGGAAUGUUUCUUGAAAAAGAAACAAUAGCGGCAGUUAAAUGGUUCCGACAGUACCCAUUUGUCCUUUCUGCUAAUUUCCAUGGAGGUUCACUAGUAGCUAAUUAUCCAUUCGAUGAUUCAACUACAGGACAAGACAAUAUUUACUCACCGACUGUAGAUGAUCGUCUUUUCGUAGCUUUAGCAUAUUCCUAUGCUCGAGCACAUUCUAAUAUGUGGAAAACUGGCCGAAGAUGUGGAUUGAAUGUUAAUGGUGAUUUCUUUUUGAAUGGUAUUACAAAUGGUGCAUUGUGGUACCAUGUAGCUGGUGGAAUGCAAGAUUGGCAAUAUGUAAAUACAAAUUGCUUGGAAAUUACCAUCGAGAUGGGUUGUUACAAAUUUCCUCCAAAAAGUAUGUUGCCGCAACUGUGGGAUGAACACAAGUAUUCACUUCUUGCGUACAUGGAGUAUGUGCAUCGAGGAAUCAGAGGAUUCGUACUUGAUCAAAAAGGAUAUCCAGUCCAAAAUGCCGUAUUAUCGAUUAAUCGAGGAAAAAAUAUAACAACAACGAAUGAAGGCGAAUUCUGGCGAAUUCUGUUGCCUGGUACAUACACGGUAUCGGUUAGUCAUCGGAAAUACCUACCGCAAGUUUUCAAUAUAACCGUUGAUGAAGGAUCUGCGAAACUUGUCAAUGUCACACUGGAAGAGAAACUCUGCGGAGAAAGCACAGUUGAUAAUGUUCGUGUGAGAGGAGAAGGAGCAGUACGUAUUGCGAUAUUUGGUGUCGAUUUAUUGGGGAAGUCGAUCGUUCAAGAAUUAGCAAAUGCUACCUGCUUACCGGAGGAUUUGUUUGUUCAAAUACUUCGACAGUCUACCCUACAUUUACUCCCAUCAUUGUCAACAGAACAUAUUCUUUAUCUGAAGGAUCAGAAAUUGGAUGUUCUGUUAUUGUUUGGACAGGGAUUACCAAAAUUAACAUUAUUUAGCGCCGGAAUUAAUACUCCCAUUCAGUUCGAUCAAAAAAGAUUUGAUGACAGUUUAGUGAUUGCACUGAAUAAUAGAACCAUAAAUUGCGUUAAUCAUAUGAUGGAUAGGGCGGUUUCAUCGAUGGUUGAUACGUUAAAUAUGGCAAAAACAUUUCAACUAGGUGUUUCUUUGGGUUGUGACCUCAGUGAUCCAGAAUUAACACUCACUACUGUUGCCGCUGUUUUACAGAUUAUAACAAAUGUUUUUGUUGGUGUGAAAGAUCUUGUAACAGAAUAUCCGACGAUACCAUCCACUAAUUUGGCGGAUUACCCCUUAUCAGCAAAGAAGAACGAAACAACUAGUGCUUGCUUACAGUGUGUUGAAGAAGAGAAUUGUGCUUCGAUGAUCAGUAUUGGUUUGAUGAAAGCUAUAGUAUUUGGUAAUGGCCGUAUGCCAUACACUCUUGUAAUGGCUAUUGAACAGAAGACAUCAUCGAUGGUUUAUGAAUUUGCAACAGAUCUGUGUUCAGAAUCCUUGCAAAAUCGGAUUAUUCAUAAACUGCUGAAUACAUCAACGUUAAUUCUAAUUCCUAGCAUACCAUAUACACAGCUAUACUGUCAUGAUUAUACGUCAGUGAUGCAUUUUAAGCCAUUCAUUGAACAAGUUUUGAAUAUUUACCCUCUCGUCGAUUAUGCUAUACUUUUGGGUACAGGUGGGAUGAAAGUGCGCUAUAUUGAUGUUUCCAAUCUGGGAAGAGCGAAAGAUUUGGCAUUCAAUUACGUUUCACAGCAUUCACUAAUCAAACCAAAUGGAAAUGAAAUGUGUAGCAGAGAUAAUUUUAUGCCUGUAUCUACUGUAAGUGAACUGCACUGGCGUACGGUGGAAUGGCAAAAGGUACCGGAUAUUCUGCUUGUGGAGACAGCUUGCUGUUAUGAGGAAGGCGGACAUCUUUACGCUGAAAAUAAGGCCUCACUCAUAUCAACUCUUUCCAAGAGAGUACAAGGUUUAUCGGGUUCUAUCAAAGAAAUCUACGGCAGUCCCGUAAAGGCACCGGUUAAGUUAACAGUUGGCAGUUUUGUUUUUUAUACGAAACUCGAUGGUUAUUACUAUAUUUGGUUACCGCCUGGAGUUCAUACCAUUGAUGUAUACAAGGAGAGUUAUCAUCCGUACGCGUUUUCUGCCAAAAUUAUUUUAUCCGAACAGACGGUACACGACAUACUGUUGACAGAAUCUUCCUUCGCAUUUUCAUCAGUGUUCAAGAGAGAAAAUCUUUUUAUUUCAUUCACUGCAUUUUGCAUAUUGGUACUCGUUUUUAUUGGUCUAUACCGAUUAAGCGUUGUACAUAGAGGGAAAUCGAUAAAACGAUGGGGAGAUGGUUUUGAGCGUCUUCCUCUGAAUGAUUUUGAUACAAAUGCAUCCGAUGAUGAUAUUGUUCUUGAUUCGACCAAAUCAUUCCUUCACAGGCCUUAUUAAACUAUUAAGAUUUAUCACUUAAUUUAGUCAGGACGCACAAAGUGUGCUUUUUUUGCCUUGUUAACACUGCAUCUUUUUAUCACCUUUUUUAUUUCGAACUGUAAUUCUGUUUGUUCCAGAUUCUUUUGUGUUUAAUGUAUACUUAUACCGUGUUUACGCAUUUGUAAUCGUAUGUAUCAUUUUCUUGUGCCAAAGUGUUUUGAGUUUGCUGAUCACGGAACUAAAUUUAACCCAACUUAUAAGUCAAUACUUUUCCCUACUUUAACAAUAUGUUCAUUUCCCUCCAUGAUAUAUUUUUAAACAGAGCAGCAUUACAAGAAAAGUUCAAAUGUUUUUAAUAUAAACGUAAAUAUAUAUACAUUGUCGGGAAAACUCCGAAAAUUAUAAUGCAAAUUUUCUGCCGGAUUAUGGAAAUUAAAGCUACGUUCAAACAAAAUUUCCAUAAUAUCCAACAAACGAAAUCUU